CAUUCUAGAUUUGCGAUCUGACGAAUAUCUGGCUCACUAUGGAGUAUGGCGUGAAUCAGUCGACUCAAUUUGAGCCAAGAUGAAGAGCACAAAGGAGGGGCGGGGGGUGCCGCGUACACUCGACUGUAGCGAGACUUCUGUUUUGCCCUUUGUUGUGGGUGCAUUUGCAGGGAACUUUUUCACCAAGGGCGAAGAGCGUCUGCCAUCACAGCGCGGGAUCUAGAAGUGCAGGUCUGUGGGAAAUAAAAUUAUCUCUGUAUAGGUCAAGGUGACACGUCCUUAUCGGAACUCGUCACAAAAGUGCUUGGCGGUUAUUCAAGUAAGCAACUGAUCUGUUCUAAAAUACCAGAAAAAGGAAAGGACACAACAGUCGCGUAUGCAGAAAGGUACAUUCGAGUCAUACGACACCAUGGAUGUAUACCAACGAGGAAGUAAAUCAUAGCGUCUUGAUUGUGGCAGCCAUAGCUAGGUUUAUACCUUUCGGUAUCUCGAAAGGAGAUUUCAGUCGAUCGGGACUUGAUUUCUAAAGUUAAGGAAAUUCAUAUCUACUUGUGAAGACACUCAUCAUAUUGUGAUGAAAGUACUGUUUCAAGAUUCUGGCGAGAGGCGGGAUACAAGAGUUGAAGAACGGCUGUUUCUAUUUCUAACAUCAAACCAGGAAAAUCAACUACGUGUCUGUGUUCGUUAGGAUUGAUUUCCAUCCGUAGAGUUGACACGAGCAGUUUGGAGAGGCUUUACCGUUAAAAUUCGGCUUUUCAAAACUGAAGUGAUUCCAGCAUUUUGGCCCGUUUGCGACACUACACUCUUUGCUCCAAGAUCAACUGUUCAGAGGUAUACCAGACAGUGCCAGACUGGUCCUAGACUUGAGGUCUUGAUUCUUAUGUCUCCUUUCACCCAAGCCAUGGGAGGUGGGAUUUUGAGUGUGCUGUUCCUCUUUUGUUUCAGCUUGUGUUGGAUUGUGGGCACAGCUACAGGAUCAGAGCUACAAUUUAACGAGACGUGUAGGCUGAACGAUGAAUGUGCAGAAAAUCUUCAGUGUGAUAAUGAAACUGGCACAUGUUUGUGCCUCCCCUCCCUGUACUAUAACGGGAGCUCCUGUGUAGAAAAAAUCCAAUUUAAUGAGACUUGUACGGAGAAUGCUGUAUGCACCGAGAACCUUCAAUGUGAUGACCUCACAAGCAAGUGUUUAUGCAAUUCUUCACUGUACUAUAAUGACAGUCUGUGUGUGGAAAGGGUUGGAUUUAAUCAAACCUGCCCAACAGGAUCAGUCGGCAGUUGUGCUGAAGAUCUCCAGUGUAUUGGCUCUGUUUGCAAAUGCCAGGAAACACACUAUCACAGGGGCAGCAACCAGCGUUCUCCCAUUGACAACAGUAUUACAGUGCCGGCAAGGAUAGCCACAACGGGCACUUCCCGGAUAGACUACAACUGGACUGUAGCCCCCCAAGGAUUUGUAGAUAACUACAAGGUGGCCACCCGGUCCAGUCCACAGUCUUGUUUACAAGCACAGGACAGCAAAAAUGUGCCAGGGACCUCUACUGGUGUUUCAUUUACAGGACUCAGACCUGGGGCAAAAUAUUUGUCCACUUUGACCCUGGUACUGACCGCGACAGCUGACAGUCCACAGAGAUCAAAAGUUGUCAGUUUACCAGAAGCCUGGACGAAGCCUGCCCAGCCUGGAGCAGUGAUACUUGGAAGUAGUACCCUCUCAGUGCCGCGUACUGUCCUCAAGUUUGGACCUUCGGAUGGCUGUGUCGCUAAUUAUUGGGUGACAGUGACACGGCAAGGGUCUGCACCUCAAAGCAAACGAGUGACUAACCAUACAGUGGUCUUUGAGAAUCUGGUCGCAAAUACUUUUUAUACCUAUACGAUUACAGCCUACAAUGGCGACAGUAAACCUGGUGACUCAAGGACAGGAUCUUUUACAACAGACGGUGCAGGUUCUGUAGAUGCUUUAAGCUACCAGCAAUCUUCAGUCACUGCUACUGGCGUUGUGGUGAGCUGGCGAACGCCGUCACAACCUAACGGCAAUCUAAAAGGAUACAAAGUUUGGGUGACAGCAGGCGGGCAGUGCAUUAAACAAUUUCACGUACAGUGUCCAAACUGUAAUGUUUCUGAGUGUCAAUCCCCAAAUCCUUCAUCUCCUGUGAGUCAAUAUGACAGUACAGAUCUUGGUGAUUCCCAAAUGGUCUUUGAGGUGACAGUGACAGACUUGCUCCCGUGCACAGACUACAUUGUACAUGUCCGUGCUUAUAGUAGAGAGGUCGGUGGUGGGGCCGACAGUGAGGUAUCCUUCAAGACAAGUGUGGCUGCUGCAAGCCCUGUGACAAAAGUUGAGCUGGAGAGUCUACCCUUGACCCCUCAGGGAAGGCUGGACCUGAAUGUUAGCUGGGUCCCAGGUUAUCGGAACGGGGAAACUACCUUCACUGUGGUGAUCAGGGAAAAGGAAAGUCUCACCUCAGGAAACUUUAUUGAGAAACAAAGACAAGAGUUUCAAGAUACAUCUGGCGUUACUUCUUACAUUCUGAAGAACGUGCUUGGUCAUUGGGUCUAUGAAGUGACCGUUGAAGUCAAAACCAACGUGGGGGACGCUGCUGUAUCAAGUCCACAGACCAUUACAACAUUCUACAAACACCCUGGACCUGUUACUGCUCUGACGUUGACAAAGAGUACCCAGGUGGCCUCUGACGUCUCCCUGAGCUUUGGAUGUCCCGAGGAAAGAGAAAGAAAUGGCGUCAUCACUGGCUUUUACAUUUCAAAGUCGGAUCGCGCUAGGGACCCAGUUGUUCAGUUUGUCACAGCGACUUCCUGCGAGAGUGUGUUCCGGCCACCUGUACAAGUGGUUGUUGGGGAGAGUUCGACGGAUUACACGUUCAAGGUGAUGGCUUCAAAUGGACAGUAUAACAGCAGCUAUGCGACGUCAGAUAUUAUGAUAAGCCCCCUGCUCCCUGAAGUGAGUGAAUACACGGCUACAGAUUUCACGACAGAGUGGUCUGGCAGCAAGAACACCCUGUCGUCUUUCCCAGUGACUGUGUGUUUGUCUUGUCUCAAAGAUUUGAACAGCAGACAGGGAAGUUUGACGGAAGUCGUUCUCGCCGUCUGUAAGAAUAAGUGUGGACGCUCUGGGGCAGGAACGCCAGGGGGGCAAUACGUAUUCACAGUUGGGGAGGAUAACUCUUGUUCUGAUACCGGCACUGACUUCUGCAAUGGCCCACUUCCUGCCGGACAACAGUAUCAGUGA